AUGGAUGCGAUGGUGAACAUCAAUCGUUACAAUAGAAACGGAUGGGUGGAUGGGAAGAAUGAUGAACGGUUAUCCAGAUUAGAAAAAAAUGUGGGUGAGAGGGGCGAAGAGAUUAACAGACUAUUAAAGGUUGCAGAACAACAUGAUGAACAACUACGUCAAAUGCAGCAUGUAAUCCAGCAUCAAGAAACCCGGCUAGAACAAUAUGCUCAAAAUUUAACGCUACUUAACGUGGAUAUUAAAUUUUAUAACGAAUUUUUAGGUCAGUUUAUUACCCCAGUCUGCCAAGCGAUGCUAGAAAUUAUUCCAGCAUUAGUCAAUAAACAAAAAUUUUCUCGUGAUUUGCUCUACAAAAUGGUCUAA